GCACGUUAUUUAUGUUUUGUUUUAUGAGAAAUAAAAAAUAUUGAUGUUUUAAUCAGUUUUAAUGGAAUAUAAGACUGCAGUUCAAUUAAACAUAAUGUUAAAGAUGGUGGGGGUUUCGUGGACAAUGCCGAGGCCGUAGAGAAGUGAGGAAUGUCUGGCCGCGAAGGUGUAAGGAGUAGCGCUAGGCUGAGUGGAGCGGCAGCGUCCACCUCUAAUACCGUGAACAACAGCUCGAAUGUCGGCAAAGCACAGCGCGAGGCUGCUGCGGCCCUGCGGCGGGCGAGGGCCGCACGGGCGGUGGAGCGCUCGCGAGAGGUGGAGGACAGCCCCCGCGUGCUGCGAGACAAGUGUCGACAGCUCGCCAAGGCGCUUCAAGAGGCCAAACACCUUGUCGUGUACACUGGAGCUGGUAUCAGCACAGCUGCUGAUAUCCCCGACUAUAGAGGACCACAAGGAGUUUGGACACGCUUGCAGAGAGGAGAAUCUGUCGGCCGCGUGGAGGUGUCGCGUGCACGUCCCACGUACACACACAUGGCUCUGACGGCGCUGUGGCGGCGCGGCUCGCUCAAGUUCGUGGUGUCCCAGAACUGCGACGGGCUGCACGUGCGCGCCGGGCUGCCGCGCCGCGCGCUCGCCGAGCUGCACGGAGACAUGUUCGCCGAGCGCUGCGCCGCCUGCCGCCGCGUGUACCUGCGCGCCUUCGACACCACGGAGCGCACGGCGCGCCACGCGCACGCCACGCGGCGCCUGUGCCACGACUGCGGCCGCGAGCUGCGCGACACCAUCGUGCACUUCGGCGAGCGAGGCCGCGCCGCCUGGCCGCUCAACUGGGCCGGCGCGCUGCGGCACGCCGCCGCCGCCGACGUCGUGCUCUGUCUGGGCUCCAGUCUGAAGGUGCUGCGGCGUUACCCUCGCCUGUGGCGCAUGCAGCGCGCGCCGCACGCGCGGCCCGCUCUCUACAUCGUGAACCUGCAGUGGACGCCCAAGGACGCCGUGGCCGCGCUCAAGAUCAACGCGCGCUGCGACGCCGUCAUGCGGCACGUGGCGCGGCGCCUGAGGCUGCGCGUGCCCCGCUACGACGCGCGCGCUGACCCGCUGCUGGCGCACGCCGAGCCGCUCGCCGAGCCCGAGGCGCACACGUCGCGCCGCGCGCCCGCCGCCGCCGCCGCCACCGCCGCCGCCGCGGCCGCCGCGCCGCUGUACUACCCGCUGUCGUCGCCCUCCGACAGCGCCAGCUCCGACGACGAGGUGCCGCUGUGUCGGUUGGUGAAGCGUGUGCGGCCGCGGCCCUGCCCGCCACUGCUCCGCUCCUUCAGGGUCAGCAUGUGUGCAGGUGACGCCACCAUCUUGUUGCGAGCGGAGCACGCCCCGGCUGAGGCACCGCCCCCACCUCCCGAGCCUCCGCCCCUCGCCACACCCACUACGGCGCUCCGACAGUUCCGCAUCAGGCGACCCAUUCCCAACGGAACUCUACCUCACAUCAAUGGGACUAGAUCGGAUAACUUUGAAAUUAAUACUAUUUUGGACAAAAAAUAUAUUAAACCUGACCUGGAAAUAAACGGCACCCUGAAAAAUUAUGAAAUUGAUGCAGCAAAGAAACGUAUUAUUACAUCCCCUAUGGAAAUAAGUAGUUCGCAGUUGGGCAAAUCAGGACUAGACGUCGCUCCAUAUGAAAGAAUGAGUGGAGCUGCCCGGUUACCAAAUAGUCCCGACAUUAAAAGAAAAUUCAUAAUAAACCCCGAGCCCUCUGUGCAUAUCAAUGGAGUUGAUUUAACAAAUGCAUGUGUCACUAUGGAAAGUAAACAUGAUGAAACUAAAGAAGUAUUCACAAAACAAAUUCAUCUAAUAAAACCGGACAUUGCUCAUGCUGAAAAUAAAAUUGAUGAAACGAAAGUUGACAUCAAACAAAUUAAUGAACAUCUCAGCAAAUCUCUCGGCCCAGAAGGAAUUGAUAAAAUAAAACUUCCCAUUACUUCUUGUGAAAAGUAUAUCGAUGAAACAAAACCUUCCAUCUCACCUGAAAAAUAUGAAAUAAAUGAAUCAAAACUAGUGAUUUCACAUUGCGAUAAUGUAACUAAUGUCACAAAUCUCCCAGUAGUGAAUAAAAAACUGAUCAAGGCCUCAUCGCCCGCCACACCUGACAAACAACAUGACGACCCGACUUGGGUAAUUGGAUCAAAGUUACGCAAGUUGUUAGAAUUUCGACCAAAGACUGAACCAGAACCACCAGAAAGUGAUAUGUCUUUGAAUCAGAUCGAGUUGAAGAGCGAAGAAGAGCCCGAGAACGCGAUUCGGGACGCGAGCGCUAGUCUAGCCGCUGCCAUUAUUCGACGAGCUGUAUUGAUGUGUCGAGCCCACCUCUACUCCGGCCUGCAUACCAUAAUAACCCCCGUGCCUGUCGCUCCCAGUAUCGUUCCCAAUCCGUCGCUUAAGUCUCCAGGAAACGUAGAAUGCGAACAGAAGACUGAACGAGAGUGGAUGAAGGCGGAAUGCGAUUGGUGCGCGCGGCGGUACGCUUCGCGCCGUUGUCUCUGGUACGGGCCGCCCAGACUCACGCCUCUAGAGCGCCGCGCGUGGCGUCGAGAACAGAACCGGCGAUAUCUGUGCGGCUGUUGCGGAGAUGACGGAGCGGGCAACGGCGGAAGUGACAGCGGCUGGUACGGCAAGGGUUACCGAAAAGGGCGGCGGAAACGGAGGUAGCAUUCGCCCGGCGCCCCGGAGCGCCACUAAACUUUUUCAAAAUACUUUAAGUGAACAAGAUCUCAGUGUGGUUGAAAUGAUCUUCCAAGGUGUAAAUUUUAAUGUUUUAUCUCACUCUUCAAUUAUUUUCAGUCAGAAGAAAGACAGCUUAACAAUGAUUAUUUCUGAGUUAGUAAUUGUUAUUCGUAAGAAGGUAGAUGUAUAAGUUGUACAACAAAUGUAAUCUGAGAAUUAACUCAAGUUUAAAACAGCAUGUCUGCAUAUGAAUUCAAUUUUAUGUUCAAAAUCUUAGGAACACUUGGCUAGGUUUCAGAAUAACAGGAAUAAAAGUACACCAGUGUAGACCACUCUGUCUAAGUUUACUUACUCAUGAAUUUUUUCAUAUAUAAAUGACUUAAACAAAACAUUAACAAUAUGAAUAAGAAUCAUAAUCAAUUAUCAUCAUUUGUGGCUAAUAAAUUUUUGUCCAAGAACUUCAUGAAAUGACACAUUCGGACAUAUUCGGAGAAUUGCUAUCAAUUACAAUUAGUUUUAUGACUGUUAUACAUACAGUAUGACUGAUCGGACACUCGCGAUAUUCAAGGUACUCGUUAUUCUAUUCUCGUUCGAAUUAUGUUAUAAAUUAGGUACUUUAUCGUAUAACAAACUUCGCUAUAUAUCAAUUGAGUGUGGGUACAUCACCGCACUGCGGUCUUUAGCGCAAGCACCGACAGGUCCGUGUGUAAUUGAUUACUUAACUUUGGGUUAACUUUACAACGUAGAAAAUUUAUUGAAGUAGUCAAUUACGGGUUACGGCAGUCUCACGCGUUCCCCUUCCCCGCAACACCUCUCUCACCCCGUGGGAGGGUCGCGUUCUCGUAGAAGUUUAGUUUUUUUUUCUUCAUAUAGAUCGCCUUAUUUCAUAUCUUCGAGUAUUGUUUGUUUCUUGCCAGUUAUGCUGUUUAAUCUUUACUUAGACUUACACUGGGAGUAAAGUAAUACGAAAAUAAAAUAAUUUAUAAAAUUCAUGUAAUUUUAGCAAAAUUUUUAUAUGAGAUUUUUUCGUUAGUUACUUUUUAUUAUUUACUUAUGUAACCAGAUGUGUUUUAGCCUUUGCAGGUUAACGUUUUCGGUGUGACCCAGUGAAGUAAUAAAUUACUUGAAAGCUGAAAUGAACUUGAGUUAGAUUAUGAAGACAUUAUUAUGUCUGCAUGAGCAGUGACUGAAUGUAUAUUUCGAUGAGAGAACAUUGUAAAUAUUAUAAUAAGUGUGUGUGUGUGUGUUUGUAUUUAUUUUGUGUGUGUUGUUGAUUCUUAUUAUCAAUGGGCAUGAUGACAGUGUUGAUGAAUAAAGGAAUAAUUGAUUGUUUUAAGAACAAAUAUAUGGUGAAACGAUUCAAAAAAUAUGAGCAUAUUUGAUAUAAAUAAUAUGAUUAAAAAGGAUAUUCGUCUUCGAUAUGUUAGUCUAAAAUUCGGCAGUCGCCCAUGUCCUUGAAAUGACGUCACGGCUCAAUAAUCACUACAGCGUCGCUUGACUUUUGGUUGUUAUAAUACGCGUAAUUAUUGACUCAUGAGGUGAGGUGACGUCAUAACUGGCCACCAUGACUAUCACGGUCGUUUUCCCGUGUAAUUCAAAGAAGACUGUCAUAAAUACAGUAAUUUGUACUACAGUUUAUUUUAUUGCUGAAAUAAGAUAUUUUUAUAAGUAUAGAAGAGUAAUCUAUAAUCUCGUAUCAUGCCUAUAAAUUUGAAUUAAUAUGUUAUAUCGCAACAAACUACCAUAACUUUUAUAGCAACCUUUGAGUGACCACAGAAGUAGAGUUAUAUAUAAUAUGUCGUAGGUAUAAUAUAGUCAAAGCCGUGAUAUUACAAUUUCACUAAUGAUAUUAUAAUUUCCGUGCGUUGUGAUUAACAGUGUUAAUUUGUUUUUGAGAGCUGAACAGGGGCCGAUUUGCUUAGAUCACAAUUAGUUGAUUACACUGCUGCAUAACAAAAAAUAACGACUAUACAAUAACUACAAGAAACAUACCAAUCAGAGACGCCCUCAUAAACUAAUGACCAGUAAAAUUGUCAAAAUAUCAUUGCCUUACAAUAUCACUAUAGUCUUCCCCUGACAUUAGAAUGUCACUAAAACCAGGCCGUUAAAUUGUAAGAAAUUAGGUCGAUGGACAAUCCACCGUGUAAUAAUAAUAUUAUGGCAUUGACAAUAUACCUGUGACAUAUAAAUCAUGAUACAACAAUAACUGACAUCAUAUAUAAGGAUUUAUAUCUAGUGUAAAAAUAGCAAGACAUAAUAACAAGUGUUAUAAGCAAAAUUAUUUAAAACUGUACAUAAUAUACAUUUUGAUAUAGCUAUUAUCUGUGGUUGCUUGUUUAUACUGUUAGAUGUAUCUGUGAUGGGCUAAAAGAGCAUUAAAACAUAAAAAUCUGUUUAUUAUUAAUGAAAUAAGAAUGAACGCAGCUUUUUAGUUCAUAUUGUUACAUACAUAACGGAGAAAUUAUAAGGUGUAAUUACAUUGACUGUGUCAUUUCUGUUGGAAUGGAUUCUAGGAAUGGUAUUUUAUUGCAUUGAAUAUUCAGUGAUAUUUUUAAUGAACAAAUAAUAUGAGAAUUGAAAUUAGAAUAAGUAUUAACUGUAUUUGUGAAGUUGUAAAGUGUGUUAUUAUCUUCAAGGAACUGUGAUUGUGUGAAUCAUAUUAUCGUAACGUGUCUCAAAUAAUGGCGCCUGUUGCCCGCACGGUGAUGACAUCUGUGUACCCUAAUUAUCUUUUUGUUUUACUAAAAAUAAUACAAUUUAUACCCUGGCACGCAUAUUUUUUAUUUUAUUUAUUAAAGUAAUAAAUUCUUGCUUUUACCAUGAUGAAAUUUUAAUAUGAACAAUUUUACUUGACAUGAAUUUAAAAUUAGGACUGUUGAAAAUAUAUUAAAUUGACAUCUCGAAUAUUGCCUGUUCAAAAAGUUGUUUAUAGUUAUGGAAUCUGCUGUUUUUGACACUGUAUCUUAAGAAUGUUAUGGUAAAAUCUGAAUAUGAUUUUUAUACUGUCAUUAUAAUGGAUAAAUUGUACAAUAAAUCAAAUUAAUAUUUAAUUUGAUAGGUAUACUUAUUAAUAUGACAUCACAAUUCACAAUGGAGGUGUUGAACAUUUUUAAUAUUAGUAUACAAAUAGUACCGAACAAUAUUUAUAAGGUGAGUUGUGAUAAAUGCGCAUUGUCGACAUCUUAAUGAAAUAAUGAUAAGUAAUUGUACCACAUUUUCCGAAAAGCGAGCUUAAAUACUUUUAAGCUGUACAAUGUACAAUGGAAAGAUGGAGUUAAUUCUAAAAUACAUUUACAAUAUAAACAUUAUAAUCGUGUAUUCGAGUAUUCAAAAUUUUGCUCUGAUUUCACCCCUUUAGUCAAAAGUUUGCCAAAAUGUGUGUUAUUCAUACCCUAACGCAGUGUUUCCCAAACAUUGAUUGCCAUGGCCGGGUAAUUUUCACACUGGCUCUUCUUGAACCACUUUAUACUUUUAAACCCAACCUGGUUUCAGUAGGUAUAAUAAUAAUAAUAAUAAAUCAUUUAUUUUCAUUCACCCAUUUAUGUACAAACAAUCUUAACUUAAAUUACACUACAUUGUUAAGUUUAAUUAAAUUACAGAUAAAAUUACAGUUAAAAAUUUAAGAUAUGUCAUAAUCACAAUAAAAAAUUAUUUUUUAAUAAUAAUUAAUUAUUUUAAUUCAAUGAAAAAUAAAAAUCCAUAAUAAUUGUUAGUAAAAUGUCCUAUAUUAUGUUAGUAUAAUUAUAAUAAUAAUAAUAUGUAAUUAUAUAUAAAAAAUUGGUAUCGCUUUAGUCACAAAAUUUUAGUACGAAUUAGUAUGGAAUUCCAGCUUAUUUGUAUAUUUCUUUUAUGGUCUUUUUUUAAAAACAACGCGGGAAUGUCGCGACUCGGUAUUUUAUUUUGAUGGCCAUACCAUCCGGGUCAUGACCUGGCAAAUGGGAAACGCUGUCCUAACUUAACAGUUCAUUUCAAAUAUUGUACUUAAAGAGAAACUCAAAUGUAGUUUGCCAAUUGAAUUACACACAUUUUUUAUAAAACAAAGAGGGGACAAACGAGCAUACGCGUCACUUGAUGUUAGGUGAUCACCGCGGUCUAUACUAUCUAGUAACACCAGAGGAAUGACCUUUGGUGUGUCAAAAACCGGUGAAAGUACUCACAGUGUCUCGAAACUAGACAAUGAUGUGUGUUAUUAGUGAAUGCGCUCUGAGGAUCGCCUCCUGUUGUAACUCUCGUCGUUGUAAAACAUGUAAUAAAUAUAAGUAUUAUAGAAUUGGUAAUAAUAUUUUAAUGUAGGUAAUUCUUUAUUUGUUUAAAAAUAAUAAUUUCUGGCUUGUCUUUGUAAAAUUCUUGAUUUUCUGAUCUGAUUCCCAUUUUUUUAAGUAGUGAAUAUGAACAAAGUAGUAAGUACAUGUUUAUAAAUUACACAUUAACAAUUGAAUUUUAAAAAUCAAUUAAAAAAAUACAGUAUUUUUAAGAGGAACUGACUUCUCAUUUCAUAAUUGGUAAUAUUAAUUUAUUACGGUAUUGUGCCAUGUUAAAGUAUUUAACCAGUUGGAGAUGGUAUUGCAGAGAUUUAUUUUCUGUAACAAGUUUGAGGUGUAAUUUCGUACAUUCCUCAUUUACGAAAUCUGUAACAUCAGACAUGAGUCACAUCAGACAGGAAUGUGAUAAUAUUUUUCGAAUAAAUAAACUCUGGUGGCCAUGAAGUACGAAUACCACAUUUUGGCUUCGCAAAACUUUGCAGUGGUCGUAGAAGAAGCUAAUAAUAAUUAUUAUUUAGUACUUUGUCGGCGCAUCGUUAAUGAUUUUACGGCGAGCCAAGCAGCAAGUUACUUUUGCUGAAUAUUAUUUAUUGAUGAAGUUUGCACGUCGGCUUGUAUUUCAUUAUAAAAUUGUAUACAUUUACUGUUAUAUUUUUUUUUUGUAUUUUAUGAAACUGAUUGGAAUUGGUAACCAGCAACUACUUUUAGCUUUAUAAUUAUUAACUUUGAGACAGAACUACAAUUUUGUGCUUAAAUGUGACGAAGUUUGUGAACGUCGUAAAUCUUACUACAUUUACGACGUUAAUAAUGGCUGACAUGAAGGGCUUUAAUUUGUGCGCAAUCCUUUUUAUUAGUGAGCACAACUUAGUCUCUCAGUUCUACCCAGUGGCUGGUUACACAUUUAUAUGACUCUGAAACCCCAUGCCAAAUUCGUCUCCACUGGUUAAUUACUAUAAAAAGUGUCAUACAACGUGUACAGGCUUCAUCUUGUUUGUAGUUUCGUUGCAAGGCGGUAAAAAGUGAUACUUAAUUUGUUUAAAUUAAUUAUAAUAAUUUGUAAUUUAUUUUUAUUAAAUUGAUAAUAAUAGUUGCCGCGAAGCUGACGAGUGUGAAUUAUGUAUUGUACAUAUUAUAUGGUAUUGAUUUAUAAAUUAAUGUGUGGUCCCGCUGUGGCGGGAAACUGAAAAAUGUUUUUGUUAAUAAUAAAUAAAAUUAAGAUGUUUUAAAUUUCUUUCUAAAGUGCUAUUUAGCUGUCAGUGUGUUGUGUCAAAUUAUAUUUUGGUGUAUAUUUUAUUCUUAGUUAAACAACUCGAACUUUAGGUGCCUAUAUACAUAUUUUUUUUACUAAAGUAAAGUUUUGCCAACUUAACGAAUACUCUUAUUGAAUACGAUUAUACAAAAUUCAAAUAAUUCCAGUUUUACAUUUUAUAUCCCGCCACAGUGACCGACGUAUCAUGUUAUUGUUAUAAAUAUGAGUGUGUAUAGUGAUAUAAGACUGUGACUGCCUAAGAUAUCGAUCGAUGAGAACACAUUAUCUUUAAAAUUUAAAUAUAAAAUAAUGCCUCC